AUGAGCGUGCUGGAUUACGCAGAUCGGAUAAUCUACUCUGAUCGAUACUCAGACGAUUUCUUCGAAUACAGACACGUUAUCCUUCCCAAGCAAGUUCUGCGCCUUCUCCCGAGGCAGUACUUUGAAGCGGACGACAGCGGCGUAUUGCGCAUACUCACAGAGGCUGAGUGGAGAGGCAUGGGCAUAACCCAGUCACUGGGUUGGGAGAUGUACGCGACUCACGAACCGCACAUACUGCUGUUUAGAAGGGAGAAGGAUUAUCAAGGAAAAUAUGGUAUCGAAGGCAAACCCCUUCACACUAGAAAAAAGUAA